AUGGUUUCCAUUCUAGGACCUUUAUCAAAAGGUAUUGAUGCGUUAAAUGCAUUGAAUGACCACUAUUAUAAGUUGUCUGUUGAUGAGCAGAAGGCAAUGUCGUUUCUGGAAAGGGUUAAGCUAUACAACUGGACAUUUGAAGAAUGUACUCUGGUCGUUCUCAUGGCUGUGUAUAUUAUGUAUUGGAUAGGUACCAAGAUAAAUACGGGGUUUGCGAAGAGGAUGUUUGAAGAUUUGAAUUAUUUCUUUCUAAACGAUCUGCAGUUUGCUCGUGCAGGAUUUUCUCAAAAGGACGGUUCGAAGGUGAAAUAUGUUACAGAACAGAAUAAUACAUGGUUUACGACUUUUGCGACUGGCCGCUCUUGUAUUGAGAGCAUAACAGUCAGGGCACACUAUUACCCUCGUUUUAAUCCGGUGGUGAUUUUGAUGGAGCGGUUGUUGGCACAGUUCUUUCCUCAGUUUGUCGAAGUUUCGGAAGAGUUUGUGCAAGUUACUGUUUGUCCUAAUGGUAAAUGGGUGAAGGAUGGGAAGUCUGAUGUACAAACUACUGACGACGCUAUUUCUAAGUUUAGAUUUAUUGCUUCUGUAGUGAACAAGACUCACAUGAAUGAUUCACGUAAGAAAAACUACUUUUUAUCUUUGACCCAUACCACUGAGAGUGAUUCUUUGCCGAUAGAGUAUGUUUUUAUGUCGGAAACUAACCAAUUAAACCAGUUUUUUACUACCUUCACUAAUGGUCCAUCAUUCCAUGAAUUAUUGGUAAAGUGUAAGCACUUUUUGCAGUUCAUUUCCUUUACCGAUUUGCCAGAGGAAAAACCUGUGACGGACAAGUUAUGGGAAUCUACCCAACAACCUCGCUGUGUUAUCCAAUGCUCUAAUAUUACUAGCGACCAAGACAUUCGGCUUCUAAAGGACUUGAUUGCUGCAAUUGUGGACGUUUACGAUACCGUUACCAAAGAGAUCGUGAACAAAAGUCCAGCAUUGUUCUUAUCCAAUGACGUGUUGAAGAAAUCUGUACAAAUGAGGAAAGACGAACUAUCUAAGAUCAUUAAGGUGAUGAAACAGGUUGAGAGAGAGAUGGCACAGGAAAAGAAGGCGGAAGAAGAUAAGAAGAAGUGGCGUGAAAUGAGAGACAAACAAGGUACUCAAGAUCAAGACAAACUGGAUCAAAAAAUGAGGGACAAGAGGGAAAGACGUAGAAGAAAUAAGCUAAACAAUAAAAUGUAA